CGCUGGUGGCUGGAGGUGGAGGACAUCCAUGUACUGGGAGGAGGUGGAGGUGCUUGGAGGAGGGAGAUGUCUGAGGAGGGGUUGGAGGGGCUCAUAGGAAGCAGCCCAGCUCACACCCAACAUGCCAGGGGCUGGUGCUGGAGGAAACCUCCCGCCCAGACUGUGCUGUGUUGGCCAAAGGCUCGUGGUCUUUUGGGAGCCUUUGGUUGCCUCUCUCCAGCUGAUCCCCAGUGGUGGUGUCCUACCAGCUGAUCCCCAAGGUGGUGUCCUACCAGCACAGUGUGUGACCAGAGGCUAAGCAGCCCGUGUCCUACCAGCACAGUGUGUGACCAGAGGCUGAGCAGCCCAGCCCUAGGUCGUUUAGGGUCUGUGCUUUUAUUUUGCUCUUUAAAUCUCUUCAUUGCCUCUUGCAAUCAAUCUGCCUCCAGAAGAGAGCCCAGAGCCUUGAAAUCACUCUAAGCCUGUUGCUGCUCACAGCAGCCACCUCCCGGAGGUUUAAUCCUAGCCACGGCUCCCUGCUGACAUUCCUGGCUUGUGGCAGGAGCCCUCCUGCUGCCCUUGCUUUGGCACCUCACCCCAGCUCCAUGGGGAUGUCUCCCAGGUGUGUGUCACCUCCAGAGCCCAGGCAAAGGAGCCAGGAUCCCUUUCUGGAAUGACCUGCAGGUAAAGAUGGGUCACAGGGGAGGUUGGACCCCGGUGCUGGGGACAGGGCGAGGGUGGUUCCUCUGCCCUGGGCUCUUCCACACAGAGCUCUCAGCUGGCCCUUCCUGCCUGGAAGCAGCCAAGUGAAGAUGCUCGGUUUGUCCCCCAUGGAGUCACCCCUGUUUUCAGCCCCCGUGGGGAAGGAAGCCCUUGGGCUCAGGUUUGGCUGUGAUGAGGGCCCCAUGACCACCAGGGUGGCCGGGGACAUUUUAAGAAGAUAAAAGUGAUUUCUUGCUGCUCGUGCUGGCAGAGGCCAGUGCGGCCAGAGCCAGAAGGAUUAAAACAAUUUCAUAAUCCUGGUGAUUUCCUUUUGAUCAGGAUUAUGAAACCAAUCAUGAAUAUCAAAAGCCACAGCUUAAAGCAGCAGCCGGAGCGGGGCCGGGACGCCCUGGGCCCCCUCAGACCCCUGGUGCCCCCAGGGACGGCAGCCCUGGCACCUCCAGGAAUGAUGGAGGGGAGCCCUCCCGCUGAGGCGCGGCGCCUGCUGCGGCCCCCCAAGCAGCACCCCCAGAGCGGCCGCAGCCUUGCCCCUCUGGAGCGCCCCGAGGCCGCCCGCGGACCCCACGCCGUCCUGGAGGGCAAGGUGAAGGCGCUGAAGGAGAAGCGGGGCGGGCGGCCGGGGACCCCCGCGGCUGCCCCCGAGCGCCCCUCGCCCAAGAAGCCGCGGCCCCGGCGGGGGAAGCCGGGGGCGGAGAUGGCGGCGGUGGAGCCGCAGGCGCAGCUCCGCACCUACCUGACGGACGGGCUGCUGGACGAGGGGGUGCCUGAGCCCGAGCCUGGUAGCGCCUCGGCACCCCGCGCCGGCACUCCAGGGCUCUGGCGGGUCCCGGCACCCAGGCGAGAUGUGCCGAGAGGCCCCGAGAUCCCCCCAGACAAGAGCAGCAGAUCCUGGCACUGUUCCUCCCUCCAUGAGAGACCCUCCCUGGAUGAAGAGGCCCAAACCCCGCUGCGGGACCGGGGGCGUCGCUCCGUGCCCGCCCCCGCGGCGGAGAGCUGGGAGAGGCUCUCGCUGGCUGAGCGGGUGGAGAGGAACCGGCGGCUGCUGCAGGAGGUGCUGGGCCUUGCCGCUCCCGAGAUGCCAGCGAGCAAUGGGGACUGGGACUCGGGGGUUUCGCUGCAGGAUGCUGAGGGCUGCAGGAGGAUUAGGGCCACGGCCAGCCAGGAAGGCAGUGGUGCAGCAGGGAGAGCUGUCAGGUCCCUCACCCUGCAAUCAGAAGAGGCUGGGGGUGCGGGGAAAGACUACCUGCAAGGAAGGGAAGACAGCAAGACAAUCAGGGCCUUUGUGGCCGGGCAGGAGCUCGAGCUGAGCCCGCGGCACGAGCAGGCCAAGCAGCUGCUGCAGCGCGCCCGCAUGAAGGCUCGCACGAACCCGCUGCGCGCCAGCCACGACAUCCUCCUCCUCCCCGCCGCCGUCCCGCAGCCCAGGGAGCCCAGCGGGAGGCCGAGCGUCGCCCCGCGGGACGGCGGGAGCCUGAGCGACUCGUCCAGCGGGGAGUCGAGCUGCGGGCGGCUGCGGCGGCCGCGAGGACCGUCCCCAUCCCGCGUCCGCUUCGAGGACGAGUCGGCCCGGGACGCCGAGGUGCGGUACCUGGAGCGGCUGCAGCUGCGGCACCGGCGGGCGCUGGGCUCGGCGCUCACCUCGCCGGAGCCGGCCGGCAGCAGGCAGCCGGGGGACGAAGCUGGGCAGCCCAAAGCCCGCAGUGGCGACCUCGUGGCCGGGGGCAAGUGCAGCGCCUGCGGCUCCUUCCUUGGUGCUGCCGCCGGCCGGGGCACAGACACGCAAGCUGCCCCCGACCUGGCCAAAAGUACCCCUGCGGCACAAAGAAGCGUCCCAGGCGACAGCAGAGGGCCAAGCUCUGCCCAGACAGAGCCUAAAAUCAGGCCUCUGGGCCCAGGAGGAUCCCCGCUGUGGAUCCUGCCCUCCCGGCAGCGCAUCCACACCGAGAAGAUCAAGGAGACCUACAUCGGGGAUGUCACCUACAUCGAUGAGGUGGACUCGGCCCUGGAGAGCACCGACACCUCCGACGGCUGCCGGACGGACAGCGAGGAGGCAGGACCCCGCAGCCCCCACCUGCGGGGGCACCGGGACCCCCGCACUCGCGGGCACAGAGCUCCCCGCGCUGCCCCGCAGCCCGAGGCGAGGGCCAGGAAAGGGACGUGUGUGGCCAGCGGUAGCCCCGAGGACGGGGACUCGGGUCCGGGGCCUGUUUGCCCCCCACCAUCGGGAAGAACCAGCAGCCGGGAAGAUGGGGAGCCCCAUCGACAUCUGGGGGGCAGCAGCAAGGGAGUGGGAAACACAGCUCGCCCCCCACAGCAGCCCAGUGAGCCCUUGGAGCCUUCCUCGCAGCUGAGGACCAGUACCCCCAUCCCAGGCACCCACGUCCCUGCUCCCCCUCCUACCAAGAAGGCCUGCGCCCCGGUGCCUUGCAGGAAAGCACUGUUCUCCAGCAGCAGCCGCCAGGCGCCGAGCCAAGGAGUCCGGGGCCCGGAGCCGGAUGCUGGCAGCGCAGCCCCACCGCAGCCCGGGGGCACAGCGGGGCCGGCCGAGCGGCGGAGUCCCUGCAGCCCCCGGUGGCUCCCGGGGAGCCCCCUCCGUGCCUUGUCCACCAACAAUUGCAACAACACCCACGGGCAGGACGCCCCGGGGACGGGCAGAGGGACACUGUCACACCCCGCUGGCAGCCCUGUCACCGCCGUGCCCCCGGAGACUGCCCAUCCUGCCGGGGAACGUGCUGGGAUGUCGGGAGCGCAGCAACAGCGGCACUCGGCCGGAAGCGCGGCACAAGGGGAGUCGGGGUGGCCAGUGAGCCGCAAGGGCAGCAGCGCUUCGGGGCUGAAGAAGCUCCUGUGCAGCCUGAGCCAGAGCACCAAGCAGCGCCUGGGCCGCUUCCGCUGCUACAGCAUGGAGCAGCUCCCAGCAACCGGCGGCUCCCCACAGGGCAGCCCCAGUGUCAAGAAGUCACCGUCCCUACAGUCCCUGCAGCUGGUGUCACCCUUCUGCCAGCCCCAAAAAGCUGCCUCUAUCCAGAGCCUGCAUCCCCAGCUGGGGAAGGCACCCCGUGCCAGUGCCUACCUCCUGCCCCAGACCAUGGCUGACAGGAAGGGGGACUCCGGGCCUCAGCGCUCGCUGAGCGUGGAGGACAUCGGGGCGCCCGGCCAGCUGCGUGCGGUGGGGCGCGUGGUUGAGGUCUUCCCUGAUGGCACCAGCCAGCUGGAGCUGCAGCGACACCCCCACGGCACCUUCGGCUUCUCUGUCACCUCCGGACAUGGCCGGCCCGACAGAGGUGUCUACGUGCAGGAGAUGGCGGAUGCUGGCACGGCCAAGCUCUACGCGGGGCUCCUGGGCGUGGGGGACGAGAUCCUGCAGGUCAACGGUGCGGCUGUCUCGGGGCUGGGGCUGGCCCACAUCCGCCAGCUGCUGUUGCAGGCUGACAGCCUGUCCCUGCGCGUGCUCCGACACCGCCUGCCGCCACGCUAGCCCUGGCAUGGCUCCUGUGAAGGCUGGCAAGAGGAGGAGGAUGUCCCACUGAUGUCCCAGGAUGCUGCAGAAUGGCAUGGCAUGGACCAAGCUGCCUCAGAGUGCCAGGACCUGUCUGGUUCCACUGCAGUGGCUUUCCUUGUCCCCCUGGGAGAGAGUGUGGGAGCAAGGACUCCCCAGAGUCUCCAGAAGAUGCCCAGGUGUGAGGGACAGGGGACAGUCUGGCCCCAAUAGAGCUGGGUGGGUCUGUCCUGCUGGGUACUGGAGUGACCAGCAUGGGGACACCUCAUCUUCAUGACCCCAGGAGACAGAGGGCUUCCUGCCAGCACUGCCACCUUGUGCUGGAGGGCUGGUGAGGUUCUUCUAAAUUAUUGCAAACUGAAACCCAAAAAUACAUCUCUGCAGUAACUUAACAGUGCCUUAGCUUGUGGCAUAGAGGGGCUGGGGUGGUGCUUGUGGCUGUGGGACCUUUGCUACUUGUUUUUUUCCAUGGCCCUGCUGCUCCACCAGCCACCUCCUGGCCAUGCUGUGCUGCUGGGGGGACCCUGGGCAGGUAGGCUCAGCCACCUGCAGGGCUCCUUGGGGAUUUUGAAGGGUUCUUUUUUCCAGCCAUGGAAGGCAAAACACAUCCUUGGAGCGAGCAUCUCCAGCAACAAUGGCUGUCCUCUGCACAGUGGUGCCCCGCAUCUGGGUACAGCUGUCUGCAGCAACCCCACAUCUGGGCACAGCUGCCCACAAUGUU